AUGACCUCUCUAUCCCUCUGGUCUCGAAAAGAAGAUGCUGAUCAUGCCCGAGCCGAGUUCGCGAAAUUUAGCCCCGACGCUUGGCAUGGUCGGCCAGAGUUGCCUCACAAGUUGUACCGCACCUUCCAACAACAAGCCUUUCGAUCCGUCAGGAUGCCGGAUCAGCGUCGCUUUAUCAUCUGCGUACCAGUCUUUUAUCCGGACAGCUAUACUCCGUUUGGGCGUUCCACACGCCGAUCACUCGCAUUUGAUCCCGGCACUGGGUUGGUCCAUUUCUACAAGGAUUACCAGUCCCAAAAUUACUCGACCACCCUCAAAGAAGCCGAAGUAUAUGCGCGUAUCGACGUUAAGCGUAACACCGGUGAGGUUCCGCGAGGCCUUUGCACCAUGAUCUCAGGGGGGGAUGUUCCGAAUACCAAGACCGUUGGACACGAGUAUUGGAAAAUGGAAUGGGUCUACCGGACUGUAAAGGAGCCGUACAGCUUAUUGCACAUCGGAUCGUCGUCCAGGAAGCCGGAGCGAGUAUCUGGAGCUUCACGAAUAUCAAGACUUUGUUAA